AUGUUUAAUCUAUUAAAAAGAGUUGGAUUAGCACAAAAAGAAAAAUUUACCAAUAUUCCAAAAUCAAAAAUAAUAAAAACGGGGCAAACAGUAUCACGACUUGGUUUUGGCGGGUAUCGAGUAGUACAGCAAAAUUCGCAACAUCGUUUAUCAUUGUACAAGUCGAUUCAGAAUGGGAUAAAUGUGAUUGAUACGAGUACACAUUUUGAAGUCGGAAAGAGUGAAGAAAUGAUUGGGGAAGUGGUGGAGGAUAUGAUCAAGCGUAAAAUGAAAAAUCGAGAGGAGAUUGUUGUUAUAUCGAAAGCAGGAUAUGUUAAUACCGACGACGCUUCACAUUUAGAUGAUACCCGAUUUGCAAAGAUUAAUAAAAAUUUAGCGCAUUCUAUAUCCACGGAUUUUUUGGAGAAAGAGAUCAGCGAAUCUUUAAGGAGAUUACGCAUGAAAAAAGUGGAUAUAUUUAUGAUCAAUAAUCCAGAGCGAAUCUUGAAAGCAACGAAUAAAUCAUACUCAUUGGAUCGAUUAUAUAAAGAUAUAACGACCGCGUGUAUAUUUCUUGAUGAAGAAUGCAAAAAAGGUAGAAUCGGCGGGUAUGGCAUCUGCUCAAAUUCAAUGGCGAUUCCGAAAGCAAUCGAUCACAUUUCCUUACCUAAGAUUCUGGCCGACUUGCCAGUCAACAGUCGGCAUAAUUUGGUAGCCAUAGAAACGCCGUUAAAUAUUUUUGAACGGGAUGUUCUAGAAAGGAAUGGUGAACUUCAUUCCUUAGCAGAUAUAGCAAAAAUGAAUGAUAUUUCCUUGUUCACUAAUCGUCCAUUGCAUGCAAUUGCCGGUGGGAUGAUACAUAAAUUAGCGAACAAUAAAGAUGAUAUAUCGUCCGAUCAAAAAGUUCUCGAUAAUCUGGAACUUAGUUUCAAAAAUUUGAAUGAACUUGAAAGUAAACUAAGUGAAACACCCAGUAUUAGUUUUCCAAUCUCAGCAAAGUUUGUCUGGUCUAACGUAUUAGCUGAGAAUUUGGCACGAUUAUCAAAAAGUUACUUUUCCGCAAGUCAUUAUCUCGAAAAGGAGGUGCUACCUUCAAUUAUGCGUGAUUUAAAAGAUCUAUCGGACUACGAUAAAAGUACAGAAAAAUUGGACAAUGAAGAGUUUCGUCUUGGAGUUUGGAUUUCCGAUUAUGAAAAACAAUCAAGAUGUCUAAUUAAGCACAUCUUAUCAUACACUCGUGUACAAGAAUUACAGAGAAAUGACGAAUUAGAAACACUCAUCACGACUUUCUCUCCUUCAUUAUCAGAAUCCUAUUCACCCGAAGAAGGCACGAAGUUUAAGUUAUUUGAUGACGUGAUUACUCAAUACUCUCCACUAUCAGUAAAAGCAUUAAGAAUCGUAUUGGCUGAUCAACGCGUUGGAUGCACGUUAGUCGGGAUGAGAAGACCAGAGCAUGUUGAAGAUGCUUUACUAGCUUUAGAAUUACAUCAGAAAGAGCAUGAUAAUGAAGACAUUUUUCCUAGUGAUUCAUUUAAAGUAAUUGAUGAUUGGAUACAAAACGCAAUAAGUGACGCUAAACAACUCAGCUCCGAAAAGCCGGAAGACCAAGAAAACGACGUGUUUGCCGUUCCAAUGAGUGACCGCGAAGAGUCUACGCGUCCUGCGAAGCGACCGAAAAAGUCUAAUGACCCUGAGCAGCAGCCUUCGAAAGAAAAAGGCAAACAGAAAGAAAUUAAAGUUGAGGAACCAGCAAAGAAACCAGUAACUAGAAAAACUUCCAAGGCGAAAAAAGACAACGAAGAGUCUACUGCUAUUUCCACUGUUCCAACAAAUACCACCAUGCCUAAACAACUAUCUUUUCCAGCAAAACCCGAAGGAACAACAAAGUUUGCGUCUUGGAAUGUUAGUGGGCUAAAAGCCUCACUUAAAAAGGGCUUUAAAUUCUAUGUGGAAACUGAAGACCCUGAUAUCUUGUGCUUACAAGAGACUAAAGUAAAUGAACCAAUGCAUGAUAUUGUGGAUGAACGAAAGUACAAGUGUCGAGAGUGGGCAUUUGAAGAUAAAAAAGGAUAUGGUGGUGUUGCGAUUUUCUCGAAAAUUGAACCUGUUUCAAAAACUCAUGGUCUUCCUACUCAUCCGAAGCCUGAUACCACGAAGGGUCGCAUAAUCACGCUCGAGUUCCCUACUUUGUAUUAUGUCGCGUGUUAUGUUCCAAAUGCUGGCGAUAAAUUAGUCCGAUUGAAUGAAAAACUUGAAUGGAAUCGUGCCAUGGAAAAAUAUCUUCGUGAAUUGGACGCAAAGAAACCUGUUAUUUGGACAGGAGACUUGAAUGUUGCCCAUAAAGAAAUUGAUCUGGCAAAACCUGAAACUAAUUCAAAAACUGCUGGAUUCACUCGAGAAGAACGUCAAGAUUUCGAAAAAAUUUUGAAUGGAGACGAAAACAAGUUUAUCGAUACUUGGCGCCACUUCCACCCAGACACCAAAGGUGUCUACACAUAUUAUUCGUAUAGAUUUCAGGCACGUACUAAAGGAAUUGGCUGGCGUCUGGACUAUCACGUAGUAAGUGAAAGAUUGUUGGAUAGAGUCGUCGAAAGCGAAACGAGGAGCGAAUGUUGGGGUGCUAGUGACCAUGUUCCUUUGGUUUUAUUGCUCAAAGAUGAUUUGUAG